GGAACUCGUACAGGGAUUUGGACGGUCUUCUACAUUGCUUACUGGUUUUUGUGCUCUCGUGGCCUGCUUACUUGUACCAAAGGAUUCCCUUGCUGCAGUGAUGCGCAACGCCGACUGCUUAUACUCGAACCUUGUCAUCUACCAGAAACUUAAUCACCUCUGUCGACCCAGCAUGGCUUCCGUUGCUCUGAAACCUCUCACUCUCCAGAUUAUCAGUGACUCGAUAUGCCCUUUCUGCUACUUGGGAUAUCGUCAAAUAACAUUGGCUAUGGAGGCGGCGAAGAAGGAAGCCCUGCCCGUUGAUUUUAAGCUCAGGUUCAAGCCGUUCCUUCUGGACCCAUCACUUCCGACCGACAAGCCUCUGAACAAACGGACUCUGUACUACGGCAAGUUCGGCAAGGAGAAUUUCGAGAGAAUGGAGAAGCAGAUGAUCGCGAGGGGAAAGGACGUGGGGAUCAACUACUCAUACGAUGGCGACGUAAGACAAACAACCGAGUCGCACCGGCUCAUCGAGAAAGCGUUUCUUGUUGGAGGAGAGCAGAAACAACGCGCGGUCGUCGAAGCGUUGUUUGCAGGGUACUUUGAAAAUGCGCGGGAUGUCGGAGAUCACGGAUUUUUGGUUAAUUGUGCGGUAAACGCUGGCGUGUUUGGAAACGCCGACGAGGCACUCGCGUUCUUCAAAAGUGCCGAGCUGAAGGAUGUGGUGACCAAGGACAUCGGAGAAGCCCAGAAAAUGGGCGUCCAAGGUGUUCCCUUCGUCGUCCUGAACAACAAGUAUGCUGUUUCAGGUGCUCAAGGACAGGAUGCGUUCCUCUCAGUAUUCCGGAAGCUUGCUGCAGAAGCCAGCCCAGCGAUCACGACAGAGCAGGGAGAAGUUUGCUGAGGUCCAGAUGCAAGUAGUGUCCAAGUCCUGUCAGCGUCUAUACGCAGCACUGCCUCCGCAAUUGAAUCAUACUCGAGUACAUCCCAUUCAUCCACUGGUAUGCCCAAGUCAUCCAAAGACUUCGCCUACUCGCAAGAGCAUGUCCGCGAGCGUGCCUACGAACGAUAUUCCCUAGAGCUGGACGAUGCAGACUACCGUACGCUGAAUCAGGUGGUCGAUCGAGCCAGAAAUCAGCCGGAUCCGGUCGACCUCGAUGAGGGAACCUUGACAUUAUUGAACGACGAGGACAACAGGGAACAGAUUUGGGGAGUCAAGUGGAAGGACAGCGGCAAGACGUUGCUGUGCGUGUGGAAUGUUGAGCUGGGUAGAGUGACCACGCUGCUCCCGGAGAACACUGUGGUCCGACGACGAGGAGGAACGUCUGUGGCCCACAAGAAGAAUAAGAAGAAGCAGGGGACCGAAACUGCGUUGAGGAAGAUGUAGGGAUGCACAUGUAUACAUUCGGAUCCAGCUGUAGCGUUGAACGAGCGAACUAAGUUUGAGAAAGGAUUGGGA